AUGUCCGCAAGAGUACAACAAGGCGGUCGGCCUGGAGGAUCUCGAUUUGCACAGUUUAAAUUAGUUCUCCUCGGAGAAUCCGCUGUUGGCAAGUCGUCCCUAGUCCUCCGUUUCGUUAAAGACCAAUUCGAUGACUACCGGGAGUCUACCAUCGGAGCCGCUUUCCUGACCCAGACCAUCGCUCUCGAUGAAUCCACGACCGUCAAAUUCGAGAUCUGGGAUACUGCAGGACAGGAGCGUUACAAGUCUCUGGCCCCAAUGUACUACAGAAACGCAAACUGCGCUGUAGUCGUCUAUGAUAUUACUCAAGCCUCGUCCCUGGAUAAGGCAAAGGCCUGGGUGAAGGAGCUUCAACGUCAAGCUAAUGAGAACAUAAUCAUUGCCCUUGCCGGGAACAAGCUCGAUCUCGUAACCGAGUCACCCGACAAGCGCGCAAUUCCCACCGCCGACGCCGAACAGUACGCCAGGGAAGCCGGACUGCUUUUCUUCGAGACCUCUGCAAAGACCAGCGAAAAUGUGCGAGACCUGUUUACCGCGAUCGCAAAGAAGUUGCCACUCGACCAGGCAGGUCCAAGAAAUUUGCGACCCGGUCAACAACGACAGGGAGUCAAUCUCAGGCCGGAAGCCAAUCAAACCCAAGGACCUGGAGGCUGCAACUGCUAG